UAACGGGUAAAUAUAAAUCUCACCUUAUCUGGCUCCCGCACGCUCUUCCCUAAAUUCAGCCCGGAAAAAAGAUGGAUCAUGUGAGUGAGACUGAGAGGUUUAUGGAGCUGAGUUCCCGCGGCUGUAAAUCAUCCUGCCCUCCCCGGUAUAAAGCGCCCGUCCAGCCCGGCGUCAGAGAGAGGACGCGCUUGCCGCCCCCUGACCCCCAGCUCAGCGCGGCUCCCGGCCCAGUCAGUGACCCCUCCACCCUCCUCCAGUGGCCCUGCCAUGUCCACGGAGCUGCCCCCGGAACCCAAGGAGAGCCCGCCGGCACCGCGGCCCGCGCCUCCCGAAGUCUGGAAGAAGGGCGGCCGCCUGCUGUCGGUGCUGCUGGCGGUGAACGUGCUGCUGCUCGCCUGCACGCUCAUCAGCGGCGGCGCCUUCAACAAGGUGGCGGUGUACGACACCGACGUGUUCGCGCUGCUCACCACCAUGCUGCUGCUGGCCAUGGUGGGCUGGUGCUGUUUGGGAUCUGCACUCUCGUCAUGGACGUCUUCAAGACCGGCUACUACUCCAGUUUCUUUGAGUGCCAGUCAGCCAUCAAGAUCCUGUACCCUCUCACCCAGGCUGUGUUUGUCAUUGUCCAGACUUACUUUCUCUGGGUCUCCGCUAAAGACUGUGUUCACACCCACCUGGAUCUGACUCGGUGUGGCCUCAUGUUCACACUCACCACCAACCUGGCCAUCUGGAUGGCGGCCGUGGUGGAUGAAUCCGUGCACCAGGCUCACUCCCACAGCAGUUCUCACAACAACACCAGCCACACCCGCCUCGCUCUGGACCUGGAGCGUGCGAGCAGCGCGGUCGGGGGAGACUGCUCCUGCGACACGGCGGUCUGCCAGAUCUUCCAGCAGGGCUACUUCUACCUGUACCCCUUCAACAUCGAGUACAGCCUCUUCGCCUCCACCAUGCUCUACGUCAUGUGGAAGAACGUGGGCAGGCUGCUCGCCUCCUCCACCCCCGGCCACAGCCACGCCCCGUCCCCCGUCAGCCUCUUCCGGGAGACCUUCUUCGUCGGCCCGGUCCUGGGCCUGAUGCUCUUCGUGGUGGGGCUGGCCGUGUUCAUCAUCUACGAGGUGCAGGUGAGCGGGGAGCGGGGCCGCACCCAGCAGGCCCUGGUCACCUACUACAGCUUCAGCAUCGUCUGUCUGGGGCUCAUGACCUUGGUCAGUCUGAGUGGCUCGGUCAUCUACCGCUUCGACCGCCGGGCCAUGGACCAGCACAAGAACCCCACGCGCACCCUGGACGUGGCCCUGCUGAUGGGCGCUGCCCUGGGCCAGUAUGCCAUCUCCUACUACUCCAUCGUAGCCGUGGUGGCAGGCACCCCCAGGGACCUGCUAGCAGGGCUCAACCUAGCCCACGCUCUGCUCAUGAUCGCCCAGCACACCUUCCAGAACGUCUUCAUCAUCGAGAGCCUCCACCGGGGCCCCCCCAGCGCUGAGCCUCAUGACACGCCCCCCAAGGACCCCUGCCAUGGCCUGACCUUUGCCAACCUGGAUGCCCUCCAUACCUUGCCUGCCUGCCCGCCCACUCCCAGGCUGGUUGGCCCCAGCCCAGCAGGACCUCAGGAGGCUGCGAGCGUCAUCGUGGCUCCCAGGAGCCACUGGAGACGCCGGUGCUUGAAGGACAUUUCCCUGUUUCUCCUGCUUUGUAACAUCAUCCUGUGGAUCAUGCCCGCCUUCGGGGCCCGCCCUCACUUCAGCAACACCGUGGAGGUGGACUUCUACGGCUACUCCCUCUGGGCAGCCAUCGUCAACAUCUGCCUGCCUUUCGGCAUCUUCUACCGCAUGCAUGCUGUCUCCAGCCUGCUGGAGGUCUAUGUGAUGUCCUGAAGCCCUGCUCGGGACCUCGGGAGGAGGGGCUCGGCUCGUGCACCCACCCAGAGACCCCCAGGAAUGAAGCCGAGGCUGGCAGUCACUGUGCCACGUACUCUCCAUUCCCGCCCCCGCACUGGCCCCAGAGUGGCAUUUUCACAAGAGUUAUUUUUCCAGGAUGAGUUUUUAGAUCACCAUCAGGACAUGCACAUUCACCCCAGCAUGAGCUUGGGGGUGGAGCCGCUGGGGGAGGAGGACCCCUUGCUGCACCCCUUUCUAGGACCAGACAAGGCCUGGAAGCGUCCUUGGCUCUGGGUCCACCCCCACCCCCAGCCCGGUGACCUGGCCAGUGCUGUGGCCUGGAGCUGGAAACCAAUAAACCUGAUGUUGCCC